AUGGAGCCGAGGACCAACAGACAACAGCCCCCUGCCCCUCCCUCUGCUCCUCCUCUGCUGGUCUCCAGGACCAACAGACAACAGCCCCCUGCCCCUCCCUCCGCUCCUCCUCUGCUUGUCUCCAGGACCAACAGACAACAGCCCCCUGCCCCUCCCUCCGCUCCUCCUCUGCUUGUCUCCAGGACCAACAGACAACAGCCCCCCUGCCCCUCCCUCUGCUCCUCCUCUGCUGGUCUCCAGGACCAACAGACAACAGCCCCCUGCCCCUCCCUCCGCUCCUCCUCUGCUUGUCUCCAGGACCAACAGACAACAGCCCCCUGCCCCCUCCCUCCGCUCCUCCUCUGCUUGUCUCCAGGACCAACAGACAACAGCCCCCCUGCCCCUCCCUCUGCUCCUCCUCUGCUGGUCUCCAGGACCAACAGACAACAGCCCCCUGCCCCUCCCUCCGCUCCUCCUCUGCUUGUCUCCAGGACCAACAGACAACAGCCCCCUGCCCCUCCCUCUGCUCCUCCUCUGCUGGUCUCCAGGACCAACAGACAACAGCCCCCUGCCCCUCCCUCCCGCUCCUCCUCUGCUUGUCUCCAGGACCAACAGACAACAGCCCCCUGCCCCUCCCUCCGCUCCUCCUCUGCUGGUCUCCAGGACCAACAGACAACAGCCCCCUGCCCCUCCCUCUGCUCCUCCUCUGCUGGUCUCCAGGACCAACAGACAACAGCCCCCUGCCCCUCCCUCCGCUCCUCCUCUGCUUGUCUCCAGGACCAACAGACAACAGCCCCCUGCCCCUCCCUCCGCUCCUCCUCUGCUGGUCUCCAGGACCAACAGACAACAGCCCCCCUGCCCCUCCCUCCGCUCCUCCUCUGCUGGUCUCCAGGACCAACAGACAACAGCCCCCCUGCCCCUCCCUCUGCUCCUCCUCUGCUGGUCUCCAGGACCAACAGACAACAGCCCCCUGCCCCUCCCUCCGCUCCUCCUUCAGCUGCUCUGCCCCCAGGCUCUGGAAUGCACCCCCUACCCCCUAAACCUAACCCUUACACUAAACCGGGUUCGUAUCCUCUACCCCCUUGCUUUUAUGUAGGCCUACUGUUCACCCACACACCCCUCUUCCUCCAGCCGGGCCUGAGCAGUGACACACCCCUCCCCUGGACCACACCCCUCCCCUGGACCACACCCCUCCCCCGGACCACACCCCUCCCCUGGACCACACCCCUCCCCUGGACCACACCCCUCCCCCAGACCACACCCCCUCCCCUGGACCACACCCCUCCCCCGGACCACACCCCUCCCCUGGACCACACCCCUCCCCUGGACCACACCCCUCCCCCAGACCACACCCCUCCCCUGGACCACACCCCUCCCCCAGACCACACCCCUCCCCCAGACCACACCCUCCCCCAGACCACACCCCUCCCCUGGACCACACCCCUCCCCUGGACCACACCCCUCCCCCAGACCACACCCCUCCCCCAGACCACACCCCUCCCCUGGACCACACCCCUCCCCUGGACCACACCCCUCCCCCAGACCACACCCCCUCCCCUGGACCACACCCCUCCCCUGGACCACACCCCUCCCCUGGACCACACCCCCUCCCCGGACCACACCCCCUCCCCAGACCACACCCCCUCCCCCAGACCACACCCCCUCCCCCAGACCACACCCCUCCCCUGGACCACACCCCUCCCCCAGACCACACCCCUCCCCAGACCACACCCCUCCCCUGGACCACACCACUCCCCUGGACCACACCCCUCCCCCAGACCACACCCCCCCCCCAGACCACACCCCUCCCCUGGACCACACCCCUCCCCUGGACCACACCCCCUCCCCCCAGACCACAGCCCUCCCCCAGACCACACCCCUCCCCUGGACCACACCCCUCCCCCAGACCACAGCCCUGCAUUUACAGAGAUUAAAAGAGAACCAUCUACUUUUUGUUUGAUUUAUUUGAUUCUUGGAUGA